GCGUCCUCUGUGCCACUGGAACAGGGAAGUGACGGUUGUUUCUUUCUGCCCAUGCCGAACGGCGCGAAAGCGUGUUUACCCCGCGGUUCUAAGGAUUCUUGCUUCUCGCUCCCACCGGAGACCAGCCAUGGACGGGAGCAGCCCCGAUCUAGACUGGCUUUCAGCCUGCCGCAGGACAGCUCGCCUGCUUUCGACGAAUCUGAUCUGUUGGAGGGUUGCGAUCUGGUGGACUGUAGACGGACGGUUCCAACACUGAAGGACUUCAUGGUGGCCAUUCCCAACCAGCUUGUUUUGGUCUCACUUCUGGAACAUAUCUGCUGCAUGUACGAGAGAAAUCCUCGCAAAUCUGUGCUGCUGUUCAAGUUGUUGUGUCAGAAGUUUGCGGAGGUGCACCUGAUUUCCCCAGUCACCUUUAGUGAUGAGUUCAGCACCGUGAGGCUGCAGCACCAUCAGGCCUUUAAAAACCUACUGCGGGUGGCAAGCAAUGGUUUGUGUGUACAGGGAUGUGGUACCAAUGGAGAUGUCCAUCCCCAAGUCCCCUGCAGAAUAGAGGAACCGCUCUUUCAAGAACAGACAUCUCGGUGCAUGACUGAAUUUGAACUAAUCACCAGGCUGGGUAAAGGAGGCUAUGGAAAAGUGUAUAAGGUCAGGAAUAAAUUGGAUGGACAGUUUUAUGCUUUGAAGAAGAUUCUCAUGAAGAAAUUAACAAGAUUGGACUGUAUGAAGGUCUUACGAGAAGUUAAGGUUCUGGCAGGUCUUCAACAUCCAAACAUAGUUGGUUAUCACACUGCUUGGAUUGAGCAUGUGCUGGUCCCGAAAAGUAAUCAAAUGUCUCCUGGAAAUCUAUGUGCAUUGAAGGGCCCUUGUGUUACAGAAUAUGGCAAAGACCCUACCAUCCAGAACACACAAACCAGUGGCUCAAGUAUCAUUUUUGAAGACCGUAGUUUGGCUGUGAGAGUUGGAGAGACUCUGUCAGGAAGCGGGCUUGUUGAGGAAGAGAUGUAUGUGGACAGCUCACAGGAAAAUGACAAGCAAAGUUGCACCCACAGCGAAAGCAGUGGGGUGACGCGAGCGAGAUGCUAUGAAAAUGGACUACUGGGUGCCAGGGACCUCAGCACGCAUCUCCCCUGUUUUGAUUCCAAGGAUGUGUCUGCACGAGGCACACGUCUGAGCUUAAAGUCACAAGUGCGGCGAGACAGAAAGAACAAAGCAAGCAAGAUGAUUGAGACAAAGGAGACUGAAGCACAGGACCUCCAGAGCACUCAGAAAUUGGACACGGGUGACGCCGAGAUGUCAGGUUCAUCUAUGCACCUGAGCGAUAAUUCGUCGUCGGGGAGUGAUACAUCUCUCACAGACAUAGCUUCUGUGUCCCAGACCCCGUUUCACCUUGUUCUUCAUAUACAAAUGCAAUUGUGUGAAGACUCUCUUCAAGACUGGAUUUGGAAAAGGAAUAACAAACCAAGACAGAACGUGGCACUUACGGGUCCGUUUGCUCAGGUGGAGAUAGAUCACACCAUUGACAUUUUUCAUCAGCUUCUCACGGGAGUGUGCUUCAUCCACUCCAAGGGUGUUGUGCACAGAGAUCUGAAGCCGAGGAACAUAUUUCUUCAUGCCCCUGACUGUCGUGUUCGGAUUGGCGAUUUUGGACUGGCCUGCAGUGACAUCGUUGAGACAUCGGAUUCUUGGCCAGCCAAGACUGAAGAAUCUAACUUGAAACACACUGCGGGAGUUGGAACCUCUCUAUAUGCUUCCCCAGAACAACUGAAAGGCUCUCACUAUGAUUUUAAGUCAGAUAUGUAUAGUGUUGGCAUCAUCUUCUUGGAGCUCUUUCAUCCCUUCGGAACUGUGAUGGAAAGGAUAAAGGUCAUCACAGCGCUUCGGGAAGGCCACAUUCCAGAGGACUUUACGCAACGGUGGCCUGUACAAGCCAAAUACAUAAAGCUGCUUACCAGCCAAGUUGCCUCCCACAGACCAAGUGCAGAUGAGAUGUUGGCCAGUGAGCUCUUCUGUCCUCUCACGAUCAGUCAGCUGCAUGAGAAACUAGAACAGAAAGUCAUGACCCAGGAACAAGAAAUUAAGAGUCUACAGCAGAAAGUGAUUGAUCAGGAAGAAGAAAUCAGACAGCUCACAGAACAAAUAAAAUUACUGCGAGGGAGAGAGGGAGCAGCUAAUGAUUUCCACACUUUCCCAGAGAAAUUAACUUAGUUUGCUUUCUUCCCACUCAAAUUUAUUUGAAUACCUCAUGUGUAAUGAUGUAUGUAUGGUUUGAAUGUAUAGGUUUAUUUAAAUGGAUUGUGAGUUGUGAAGGAUGAUAAAUUUAUUAAUACAUUAUCAAGGGUAUGCUCUCAUUAUUGCUAUCUAUGGCUGUGUCCAGAGAUACCGGCCACGUGACAGAUGCACUGCCACCUGGCUGGUCGGAGGACACACCACAUGCCAAUCAACAUUUGGUCCCUCCCAACUAAUCAAUGCACACCUAAAUUAUUGGUCACCUUAAUUGGAUUAUCUCGCCCAGCCCCAUGCUUUAAAAGGCGAGACUUGCCCUUGGCUAGUCCUCUCUUACAGAUGUUACGAACCCCGUAACUGGGUCACUUACCAGCAAAGAUAGAGAGGUCCGUUGAAGUCUGAUGGUACUAUUUUUAACAGUAUUUAUUGAUAAAGGUACACAAAAAUAAGAUCAAUGCAAACAUACAGAUAAUAUACGUCAUCAAUACUAAAUCUAAAAGUGCAGGUAUAAUAAUAAUCAAUAAGAAAUAGCUCUAUCGUUGUCUAGGGGAUAAUGUAUUGUCCGAUGGAAACAUAAAAGUCGCUGUUAGUUCGUUCAAGCUGCAGCGUUUUGGGUUUGAGAGAAAGACGGGUUAAACUUGCCCAGUUCUUUUCUGAUGCCAAUCCUUCGAGUCUUUUGGGAGUUGGUUUCCCCGUUGUUAGCUAAAAGCCAGUCUCCCGUGGUAAAAGCCACUGAUUCCGGGGCAAAUGGAACCGAACGCACGUGGCCUCCUCCCACCGGCUUCCGCUAUUACGGGAUUGCUAGCGUUUCUUCUGGUGCGUCUGAAGGGGCUGUUCCCACAGACCCUCUUUUAUCCUGACUCACAGGGUCUCAGAUGUCAAUCAGGUUGGGGUGAGGCAAUCUCUCCCUCAACCAGCCCACUUUGCCUGAGGGCUUCCACAUAGCACAGUAUUGUAAUACACAAGUUUGUCUUCAAGAGACAAUGGCCGUUUCCCGUAGCUUUAUAUCGCCGGGGGGGAACAAGACAUUCUGCACGUCUCUCUCUCAUUUCCUGGGUCUCCUGACCCAAAUCAAUAGUGAUCUUGCGAUUCUCACAAAGGAGGGGGCUACCCCGCACCCUUCGGCCCCUCAGAGCUGUGGUACAUUCAUAACACAGACCACCACAUUGGAGGUAAGUGCAUUGAUUUAUGUUUGGGAAGGUCUAUCGUUUGUCCUGGUAAGGGAGCCACAGCUAUCCAAGGUCAAGGGGGAUAGCUGUUGUAGUGCUUUUCCCUUGUUCUUUGUAUGUGUAACUGUCCCCUGUCCCCACACAACUUCCUUUGUAUUGUAGUUGCUUGUGUUGACCUGACUUCCCCUUGUAAAUAAAUUCCUUAUUAUUAAAA